CUAAGAGAAACAGAAGUUGACCAUAGUGGUCAAGGAGAAUGAUGAAACACUAACACAGGCUGGUGUUUUCUUUGAAACAUAGCCUUGAGUUUUUCUGAACCGCCAAGGAGAAACACCAUUUCACCAUCUGUAUAACACAUAAUGGUAGCAUUCAAAUUCACCAUCUUUGCCUUUAUGAUAUGAAACCUUUAUAGCCACCGGAUUUUCAGCAAAUUAGUUUCCCUUUCAAAGUUCAUUGCUUUAACUAUGUGAUGACUCAACCUGCCUGACAUAUUAACCAAGACAUGUAAGGAAGCUUGUAGUGUAACUAGUAAGAAUGUCAUGUCCCUUAUAACUGAACAGAGGAAACAUACAUUGUGAUGAUUUUUGGUAGGGAUUUGUAUAUUUACGUGUACACUGGCUCUUGUGUUUUUUUAUUGGCCCACGAAGUGACAUCAGGUAUCUGAUGAGGAGGAGCUUCUUGGAAUUUUAUUUGGUUAGCUAACACUGGAGCUGAGAGCAUUUUUUCACCACACUUACUGGAAGUUGUUUUUUUUCUCUGAGUGUUGUAUGAAUUUCAGUAUUAAUCAUGGAUGAUCUGAAUGGAACAUUUGAUCCCAGAUGCCUAGCUGAGCCACCUAUGGCUAUGGAUGUUAUUAACCAGCUGGAUGUCUUUGGGAUUGUUCUAUACUCCAUCCUGACAUUCAUGGCUACUGUGUCACUACUUCUGUAUUUGGAGCAGUGUGUGUACGUCUACAAAAACGUAUCCUACCCAAAGAAAACCACCAUCAUUUGGGUCAGCGGUGCUGCACCAGUCAUUGCUACUAUGUCAUGCCUCGGAAUGUGGAUCCCAAGAAGCACCAUGAUCACAGAUAUGACGUCUAACUCAUAUUUUGCAGUUGUGAUCUAUAAGAUUCUGAUCCUCAUGCUGGAGGAGUGUGGCGGUGACGAGGCCUUUUUGAGCUAUUCGGAGAAGAAGACGUUCAGGAUCAGCACGGGACCGUGUUGCUGUUGUUGCCCCUGCCUUCCCCGAGUGCCAAUCACACGGCGUAUGCUGUUUUUGCUAAAGCUGGGAUCGCUGCAAUAUGCCAUUAUGAAGACGGCCCUCUCUGUUUUCUCCGUUGUUUUGUGGACCAAUGGAAUCUUCGAUCUUACUAAUCUGGAUAUAACAGGUGCCACUAUAUGGAUAAACCCAUUCAUAGGAAUCCUGACUAUUAUCUCCUUGUGGCCAGUAGGCAUCAUGUUCAUGCACAUAAGGAACACACUGCGCAGCAUCAAGAUCAUCCCCAAGUAUGCCAUGUAUCAGCUGGUUUUGGUCCUGAGUCAGCUGCAGUCAGCUAUUAUUAAUAUCCUGUCACUUGACGGAACAAUUGCUUGCUCACCGCCCUUCUCAUCUGCAGCCCGAGGAUCUAUGCUCAGUCAGCAGUUGAUGAUUAUGGAGAUGUUCAUCAUCACGCUGGUGUCAUGGACACUGUACAGACGUUCGUACGAGCCUGUCAAGCUGGAACCUAAAGAGAGUGAAAAUAACUUGGAUGUUAUGCUCAGCUUAAACACUGCCUUAGACGAGGAACAUGCUGCCUGAUGUGAAAGAAUAUAUUUAUAAUUCUGUGCCUUUUGUAUUUGUUUAUUUGUAUUACAGUAUUUCAUAUAUCACUUCAUGUUUGGUGUAUAUUUAGUAUAUAAGUAGAAUAAAAAAAUAUAUAUAUACAGA